UAUUAAUUGUUUAUUUCAGAUAAUCAAGAGGCCAUUUUCAACCCAUGGUGCUCUAGUUACACAUUGCUUGAAUGGAUCAGAAAAAAGUGCAAUUGUGAUAGUGAUAUACUUAUAGAUUUGGUGGACAUGGAUGGUCAAGUAAAGAAUUUGUCUGCACGAACCAAAGAAUACGCAAGUGAAGUUGUUAACGGCAGGGAAACAUAUGUAUUAAUACGCGUAGAAAAGAUUGGUGAUGGAAAAUACAACUAUACCUCGCUCCUGAAUAAUCUUGGGGAUGUCAACCCAGACCUAUUCGGAAAAUUAAGUGUAAUGUCAAGACCACAAACCAGGGUAAAAGGAAAGAAAAACAACAAACCUCUAAAGACACCAAAGAGUACCCGCAACGAGUCCGCCACCAAAAGACCAAAAAGUAGUGAAAAGAAAAAAUAAACUAGCGCACAGAGACGGGAAAAACAUUAGGAAACAUUGAUCAAAAUCCAACAUUAAGGAGGCUUUCUCGUUGUAGACAAUGAUCCAGACCUUCCUUAAGAUGUAAAUGUUAAUAGGGUACAUAAUGUAUAUCAUUAUUUUAUACUUUCCAUGUCUAUACAUUUGCACUUUGUAUAUGUAUUUUAUCCUGGUGUAUGGGGUAACUAUUGGCAAAUUAUUGGGAAGGAAAACGCAUUUCCAAUAAUUGUUUUUAUUAGAGAUACAGGGUUUCGUAUGUAUUAAAAAUAUUCAUCGCAUUGUUUAAUAGCCAAAUUAUUUCUGAUUUUCAGUAAUUUUACAAAUACUUGUUGUUUAAGACUUAUUUAUAUGUGUUAUAGAAUGUGUUAUAGAAAUAAAGACAGAAAAACAACAA